GAUUCAACCCAAACGCAGAACGAGAACGCACUCCGCUGGGUCGAAAUACAUACAAAGGACAUCCCUACUUUGGCCGUCCUACACGAUCCCCACCCGCAAAGGGCGUGUCUUUUUGUCAGCCUGCGCGGGCGGGCGUCAGAAAAAAAAUGUCCCCCAAACCAAAAAAAUCUGCGAGGUGCCAGCGGUUGAUAGUAAUCGGCGGCGAGGACAGAGUAGUCAAGCAGACAUGGAGAUAAACCAGGGCCGGGUAUACGCUGACGUCUGUGCUCCUGGGCAAGGGCACGCAGAGGAGUCGUGGUGCGAUCAAGGAGUUUAUAGCUAGCAACGAUGAGCUAGUUGCCGUUGGAAAGCAGCACGCUGAGACGAUUCGGGAACGAGCAGAGGGCAGGCGCCAACGUCCUCCGCACCUGCUGCUGGUGUGAAGAGAACGCGUGUCAACGCGGACCUUGAGGUCGCUGCAUCGGAUUCUGUGCAGGCGGCGAUCACCAGCGGGCCAAGAGGGGGUGAAGCUGCACCACGCCCGGCGAAGGCGCCGCGAAAGCCAACGCGGGUCGAGAAGCGCCGCGCUGAUGUGCUCGAGAUGGUGCGGAAGGAUCCCGUGUUGGAGAAGGAGAUGAGAACAAUGCUGGGGGUGCAAGGGUUGGAGGGCGUAGCCGCAGUCCACACGGAAAACACUCGCGCGAUGGCCGCUUCGUUGGGCACGUUGCAGGGCAACAGCAAGAGCAACAUCGGCCGGGUUGCGUAUACGAUCGUGCUGGCCGCGGUGGCUGGAGCUGGGGAGCACACUUGCAGCCCUACCGAUCCGUGCAACCCCGCAGAGCGGUACCCUCCCGCUGAGCCGCAGAGUGGCGUGAGCUUCGCCCAGCGAGCGGAGAGCCUUGGGGUGAGGGAGAAAACGUUCCGCGCGGCGCAUGUCCGGAUGCACCAUACCAACCAUACCAUCCCCCCGCCGCAAGCUUUGGAAGAGGGGCGCUACUGCUGGACACGACGCAAGACAAGGAGCGACGCGGCGGACGAACGUAUGCUGGAGUUAGCGAUCCGGUUCUGGCACUCCGACGACGUCUCCCGUGCAUCGGGAGAUUCAGUUGUACCCGUUCAUGGGGGCGGAGAACCAGGAACAGAGGCUUAGAAGUAGCCUAGGGGUGGAACCAGUAGAUUCUGGAGUCGUGGUAGUGGCAGGGAAUGAACACGCGAACCCUGGCCCCGAAGUAGUCGGACCAGCCCCGCGCCCCGACAAGGUUUCGAGAAAGUACACGUGCUAUGUUCGCAAGGCGUCGUGCUACUGUUCUAUGUGCAGGGUAGGAGCGUACCCGGACCGCAUGGUUGCAAAGAACUACCCCGGGAUCGUUGGCAAGGUACAUGAGAAAUCAGGAAAGGAUAGACUGGUUCCUGCUGCCGACAGUUGAGCAAACAAUUCGGUAGCUUCGAGUGCCUCACUUGUCGUAUUUAUUUAUGUUCAAUAUCUCGUUUGUGGUUAUCGCUGUUGCUGCUGCUGCUGCUGCUGCUGCUGCUGCUGCUGCUGCUGUUGUUUUGUGUUGUGUUGCUGUGUAUAGCGUGCUGUGCUGUUCUGUUCCGCCAGUGAUGCUCCGUUGUCGUUGAGGAAACUAACGGAUAAACCGGGAUGUACUUUUUGGGUGUGUUUUACCGUCAAA